GGCGGAACUCUUUUAAUUGCCCUUUUCACCACGUUCGUUACCCUUCAAAAAAGAAGUCAGACUCUUUUUCAGCCCCCCCCACCACCUACUUACUGGUUCUGCAAGCAUGCGCUUUUCCGCCGUCAUCUUUUUGGCCUCCAUCGCGUCUGCCUUUGCAUACGAGGUCACCUCUCCAGGUGAUAGCGAGGGUUGGACAACUGCUGGACCCAACGUCCUGACUUGGAACCGCGUUGACACCGACCCAGCGAACUUCACGGUGGUGUUGACCAACGUGAACUAUGGCGUCCUGAACCCUCAGGUGCUCAAUGCACUUGUUGACGGGACCCUGGGCUCAAUCGUCUGCAAUGCUCCAAGUGGAGGCUGGCCUGUGGGCGCUGGCUUCCGUGUCAACCUUGCUGCAGAUGCUCAACAUCUCGACACCCUGCUUGCUCAGUCCAAUCAAUUCAACAUCACCUCUGGCUCGUCGACUUCAACUUCUUCCACGGGUUCUGGCGCAAAAACUACUAGUACUUCUCUUUUCUCUGGGACUACCGCGACAAUUCCGGCCACUGCUGUAGCAGCGUCUACCACCAGUUCAGACACCAACACAACCCCCACUAGUAGCAGCGCAGCGAUCCUUGGAAUGAAAGUAGAGACGGGUCUCCUCACCGCUGUUGCAGCCUGCGUUGCCUUUAUCACCACUCAUUUCUGAACAUUCGCGUAAAAACAUGUUAUCCUUAGACACUUGGAUAUUUUCUCUUCGUGUAGUGUUUUUUUUGUGCAAAUUUGCAUUAUGGUUGCUGUGAUAUGGACAUCUUCCUGAUACCCUUACAUCGUUGCAGCAAUUCAUUCUUCAUUACUAUAUCGUACAUGCUUCUCGCCUUGCUCUCGAGAUUUUGUCGAUAAUCACAUUCAGUGGUAGAUCUCUCACCAUUCACUGGGUGGGGUUAGUAGUAGUCUCCUGUUUCAGACCUUGAAGAAGGAAGACGUUCCUAUUUUUUCUCACCUCGCCUUCCUCG